AUGACAAGAGACCCUUACGAGGAUGGCCGGAAAGCCGAGAAGCUCACAAGUGGAACCCCCAGCUUGAGGGGAUGGGCGGUGGAGCUGGGGGAUCCGAGGAUAGUGAGGGUCUCCCGGAGUCUGGGAGGUAAGGACAGGCACAGCAAGGUGACCACGGUGAGAGGUCUCCGCGACCGCCGCGUACGCCUGUCUGUACCCACCGCCGUUCAGCUGUAUGACCUCCAGGAACGGCUAGGGCUGAGUCAGCCCAGCAAGGUCGUGGACUGGCUUCUCGACGCCGCCCGCCACGAGAUCGAUAAGCUCCCGCCUUUACCUUUCCCCCCCGGAGGAUUCUUCCCCCUCUGCCCACCGCCUCCUACGGCGGCGCCGUGGCAUCCCGUGGAAAGCUCAGACCUACGCGAUCCCCGUCUGGGCUUCUGCCAGGUGGUCGAAGGGCAGGAGCUCCAUGGCUUCCGGCCUCCGCCGCCGAUGACAUCGUCCUCGUACGUCGGCCCCGCCGCCCAGAUGAAUAACUUCCUGAUGGGGGUAGCAGAAGAGCAUCUCCAGAGCUCGGUUCUCCAUGGCGAGUGA